AUGGCCGACCGCUAUCGAGGAUAUCCGCCUCCUCCUGGGCCACCCCGGCCGCCCACGUUCAACCCGGCCAGAGCGUCCAUGCCCACCAGCAUAGGAUACAGCUCAGUGUAUGCGGGCGACAUGCAUGUCAUGCCAUCAGCAACACCGAGACAUUACGUCGCUACGCCCCGAGGCUACACAACCUCCACGACGUCUUCCGGUGUUCCGACCACCACACGCACGUACGGCAUCGCCCCCGACUCGCGGCAGCGGGGCGGCACUCGCGAGAGCAGCCGCACUCGGCGCUCGACUCUCGACUCCACCAGCCGACCGGUCAUCAUUCUUUCGCAGGAGAGCAGGCCACACGCAUCCUCGUCGCAUUCUUCAAACACCCGCACCGGCAGCCCCAUCAGAGACGAGUAUCGUGCGAGCGACGGACAGUUUUACUCGCAGCCCGCUUCGUCCAUUCGGUCCCGGAGCACCGCUCGUCCGUACCACGCCUCUUCGGGUAGCGAAGACUUUAGCAGAGCCCGGGAUCGGAGUGAUUCGCUGCUAAGCCCUCGCGAAGUCGAUGCCUACCGCAGCUCCCGACCGUCGGUGGUGUAUCCCAGCGAUCCCAAGCACAGUAACGCCGCCAUCGACUAUGGCGACGACGGCUAUCAGUACACCAAUGCCGGUGAGCUGGCUCGAUAUGACCUCGAUCAUUCCAAGCCCGCACGGCCGCGGCGACACGACAGCACGGACAGAGGUUACUACCGGCCCAAUGUCAACUACAACGCUGACCAGCGGAGCUUCAACGUCCACACGAGCAGCGAUCUGGGAGGCAACUACAACAUGAACACAAGCCGGCCCUAUGAAGGCAGAGGAGGGCCGCCGCCCUCGAGUCGGGGUUUCGACAAGAUCAAUCGAGGCUAUGACUCACGGAGCAUCCCUCCGGCGGCACCUGUCCCACCCUCACCAACCACUUCGCAGCUCGAGAUUCCUGUUGUUGCAUCGGAGAGGGCCGAAGCAGGACGACGCGGCCGGCCUCUGUCGCUGCACCAGGAGGGCGCUGCUCGAUCAUUGCAUCACGACGACUACUAUCGCAGCCGUGAAGAGGAACGUUCUAUGCGGGAUCUACGCGAUCGUGAGCGCGACCGUUCUCGUGAUGUGGAGCGCGCGUACGAGCAACCGCGGUUCAAAGACGACAGCGUUGCCACUCGCGGCUUCGGCAUCCGUACUGAUCUCUUGGACAACCCGAGCGAUGCGAGGGAGCGUCGGCGCGAGCCUCGACCAGAAGAACCCAAAAGAGCAUCGGACGAAGAGCUUGCGCGCAUAGCAGAUGCAGAGCGGGACGACCGCGUCCGUGCCCGACAGACGACUCAUGAUGACCGCCGCGAAAAGCGGAAGGAUAGUGACGAAGAUGACAAAGAACGGCCUCGCAUCCGUGACAAGGUGGCGGCCGGGGUCGGCGUUGCAGCGGCCGCCGUAGGGCUCGUGCCUUCGCACAAAGAAGGAGAGAAGAGGGAGCAGCCCUCCAAAGACGCCGCUCAACGUCGGAGCCCGGAUGACGACCGUGAACGUCGCAGAGAACCGGACCCGCCCGAGAAGGCCCCGGCGUCAGCACGAGACCGCGAAUAUGAGAAGGGACAUGAGGGAGGGCGCGAGCGACAUCGGGAUGAGUCCCGAGACCGCAUUGCGGCUACCGAUCGCCAUCGACGAGACGCAGAAGCCAAGUUGGCCGGGGAAGCUACCGUGUCCGCGUCGGACUCGGAUGACAACCGGCGUGCCUCACGGCGACAUCAAGCCUCUCAUGGCUUCAAUCCAAAUGACGCGUCUGAUCUGAAGCAGCUCAAAGAUCAACUCGCCGCCAUGGAUGUGACGGAUAGGGAGGGGCGGGGUAAGGACCCGCCAGUUGUUGAAGAGAAGAGACAUACUCGCUCACCAUCACCUGCACGAGGCGGUCGCGGUUCGAGGGAUUCUUCUCGAGAAGAGUCACGUGGCCGCGAGCUAGUACUGCCCUCGGAGGAGGCGAAACACGUCCGGCUGGUCUCGCCGCCCAAAGACAAGUCUGACGAGAAGCCUCUAAAGGGGAUCCUAAAGCAGCCAAAACCCAGCUUUCCGGAAGAAGCCAAUCCCGUCCGCGAGGGCGUUGCCCCCCAUAAGGAGGAUAAGAAACUGAAAGAGGCUCCUGAGGGGGCCAGGUGGACCAAGAUCAACCGUAAGAUUGUGAACCCGGAGGCUCUAUCGUACGGGAAAGAGAGGUUCGAGGUGCGGGACGACUUUGUCAUUGUUCUGCGCGUCUUGAACAAGGACGAGAUUCAAGCGUACGCCAAUGCAACUCAGGUUCUUCGAGAGAGACGGCGAAACAAGGGUGAGGCUGACCGCGGCCGCGGCCGCGACAAGGACCCUGAUGCCGAUGAAGAGCAAGACGAUGAUAAGGAUACUGGUCGACGGCACCACCACCACCACCACCACCAUCGCCACAGAGACGAUGCCGAAGAAGACGGCAAGGAGCGAGAGCGUGAUCGAGACCGCGAUCGGGAUCGUGACAGAGACCGUGACCGUGACCGCGACCGCGACCGCGACCGUGAUCGUGACCGUGACCGUGACCGCGAUCGGGAUCGUGACAGAGACCGUGACCGCGACCGAGACCGCGACCGAGACCGGCGUAGGCGGCACAGAAGGGAGGACGAGGACGAAUAUGAAACUCGAUCGAGGGAAUCGGAGCAACCUCAGUACCACCACCGGUCGUUCCGAGAGCGCGAGCGAGCGGCAACUGAGACAUGA